AUGCCUGAGUUUUGUGUCACAGGAGGCACUGGUUUCAUAGCAGCUUAUCUUGUUAAAGCCUUGUUGGAAAAGGGUCACACAGUAAGAACUACAGUAAGAAAUCCAGAUGAUUUGGAGAAGGUUGAUUAUCUGACUAAACUAACUGGAGAUAAAGAGAGAUUGAAGAUUUUGAAAGCAGAUCUGUUGGUGGAAGGGAGUUUUGAUGAGGCAGUGACUGGCGUUGAUGGUGUGUUUCAUACAGCAUCUCCUGUGAUUGUUCCAUACGAUAAUAACAUUCAGGCUACUUUGAUUGAUCCAUGUAUUAAAGGAACUCAGAAUGUGCUGAACUCGUGUAUUAAAGCAAAUGUGAAACGUGUGGUGCUAACAUCUUCUUGUUCCUCGAUAAGAUACCGAGAUGAUGCGCAACAAGUUUCUCCUCUUAUUGAGUCUCAUUGGAGUGAUCCGGAAUACUGCAAACGCCAUAACCUGUGGUAUGCAUAUGCAAAGACUCUGGGAGAGAGAGAGGCUUGGAGGAUUGCAAAGGAAAGUGGGAUUGAUCUUGUGGUGGUUAAUCCUUCUUUUGUUGUUGGUCCACUUCUUGCACCACAACCAGCUAGUACAUUGCUCAUGAUUCUAGGCAUCGUCAAAGGUUUGAAAGGAGAUUACCCAAACACGACAGUGGGCUUUGUCCAUAUAGAUGAUGUGAUUUCUGCCCACUUAUUGGCUAUGGAGGAGCCCAAAGCAUCUGGCAGGCUUAUUUGUUCAAGUACAGUAUCCCACUGGUCUCAAAUCAUCCAAAUGCUUCGGGCCAAAUAUCCUUCCUAUCCAUACGAAACCAUGUGUGGCAGCCAGGAAGGAGAUAAUAAUGCGCAUAGCAUGGACACCACGAAAAUCACUCAAUUGGGUUUUUCUAAAUUCAAAAGCCUUGAACAAAUGUUUGAUGACUGCAUCAAAAGCUUUCAAGACAAAGGCUUCCUAUGA